AUGACUUGGUUUGGUUCCCUCUUUGGUAAAAGUGCUCCAACAAUACAUUUAGAAGAAACAGAAGACAAAUUGGUCUACGACCAAACGACUCAGCGCUGGGUCAAAGAAAGUGAACAGAACAGUCCAACUUCAACCUCUGUUCCUUCCACUUCUCCUCGUCCCCCAAUAUCUCCUAUGCCUGUUACACAACCUUUAACAGUUCAUUUACACUCAAUCUCGGCUCGAAGACCAAGGUAUAUCGAUCCCUUUACUAACCAAGUUCAUACUUCCGCACCACCUAUGGUGGAAGUCUCAGCCACUCCUUUGAUUUAA